UAAAUAAGGUUAUGGCUUAUGAAUGGGCUUGGGUUAAUAAAGGCAAGGCCAUCUAUUAUACAAAAUUCUUCUAGGGCUGGCUAAUAAUACAGGGCUAAUUUCAAAACCGAGAUUUCUUAAAAUUUGGAAGAUUUGUUGGUAAGAAAGAUUGGCUUUUGUGUUCUGGUUUUUUUUUUUUUUGUGUUUUGUUUUCUAAGCUAAGGAGGAGGAUAUGGGGGACUCGGAUGAUGAUGAUUAUGUGGAUAUAGGAAGGCCUGAUCUAGUAGGCCUUCUUCCCGAUGAGAUUGAUGAACUCUUUAGCACCAUACAACCAGAACAUCUAGAACUGAUCGUGAAAGAUUCUGACUUUGAAAAAGCUGUAGGCACUACUCGUGAAGGCUCUUUUAAGCUGUCUGAUCUUGUGGAACUCGAGUUAUGGAAUGAGCUUUCUGGUCCUAUUCGAAACCAAAAGAGGCACAUCCUGUGUUGGGCAUAUAGCUCCACUGAUCUCGUCUCCGCCUUACGAGUCCUCAAGUUCGGGGGGGAAUUUGUUCCUCUGUCCACGUGGUACCUCAACUCAUACGUGUCUCCAGAUUUGCGUGGACAAAGACCCAACUGCGUUAGCCGGUCAUUCCUGUUAUGGAACGACUACCCGCAAAGCCUUUCAGUUCAUGUUAGACAACGGAGGAGUGCCUAAAGAAAGAACUCUUGAGUUUGACUGUAAUCAAGACCCUCCAGCUGAUCCAGAACCUCACAUCACCAUCAACUCUUUUGCCACCUUCAAUACCUUAGAAGAAGCACUGGUCCAGCUCCGCACACAGCCAAUCGGGGCUGAGUUCUCCCAACUUUGGGAACUCGGUGAGGAUAUGACAUUUACUAUGGACCUACAAAGGCAAAUUCUUAUUUCCAAUGGGGAAGUUAUUGCUAUCUGCAAAUCGAGCAACGAGAUUGUGAAGGUGAUGACGGUGAAGAUGAAGCUGAGUCCAAGUCUGAAGCUGAACCCACACGCAAGAGGAUACGGCGUACACCCCCGAAGCGUCAGAACUUAAGAAGAAGAAGAAGAAGCCCGUGCCAUGACCAUAGAGAUAAGAAGAAGCAGAGAAGUGGCUGAGAAUAAGAAACUAAUGGAUUUUGGAUCUGUGUGAGAGAGUGAGAGCUUCUUUUUUGUUUUCCCUUAAAGCAUCUGUUAUCUAUAGUAAAGGGAAGAAACUAAUGUCUUUAUUUGUCUCCUCUUAACUCAUCUCUCCUCGGAUAGGUAUUUUUGCUGGUUAGGAAACUUGUCAGGAUUCUUAUGUGUCUUGAGUCAUGCGAUUCUGCAAUAUGGCUUACAUUAUUGACACUAAUAUAAUACUCUGCAUCUA